ACGUUGUCUCUUUCUUCUUCUUGUGCUUUGAUUUUGAAAAAAGGUCACACACACACAUACACGCGAGUGUGCGUGGGGGAGUGCGAACUCAAUCGCAGUGUGCGUUCGUGUGAGUGAGGGUGCGAGAGUACACGCGCCUGCGCGUGUAUCUCGAUUCUCGCGUAUGCGAAAACGAUAUAUAUAAUUUAUAUCCAUGUGCACGACGUCGAGGUCCGAGGCUAAUACUUUCGGAGUCGUCGACUGCUGCUGUUACUGCUGCUGCUGCUGACGAGCAGAAAUGCCUCGGCCGAGAUAAUACAUAAGAGGAAAGGAGAGAGAAAGAGAUAGAAAAAGAUAGAGAGAGAAAGAGAGUAAGAGAGAGAGAGAGAGAGAGAGAGAGAGGACCGUUCAUGCUACUGUGCUGUGGCGUGCUGCGCGCUGCCGCAAAAAAAUUCACGAUCAUGGCUUUCGACAGUGGCUAAUAUCGACGACGACGACGACGACGACAUGCUGUAACACGCGCACACACAUAUUACACACGUUUGAUUUGAAAUAUUUCUCCGAGUGAGCGCGACCAUAGUGUGCCUGCCUGCAUAUUUUUACGUAUAUGUACAUGUGUUACAUAGAUCGAGCCAUCGCGAGGAGUCCAAAGUGCGUUUACGUUAGUUUUUCGGUGUGCAGAUAAGUGCAGAAAAUAGUGUGCUCGCGUCUGUGAGAUAUUUUUCGACCGAGGCACUGCUACAACUGCUACUGCUACGAUCAUGAGCAACGGCAACUGCAAUUCGGCGUCCGAUGCAUUGCUAAACGGAUUGAAGGAGCAUCCCGACAUUCAAAAAAUGGAGGUAUCACGAGCCCAGCAGGCUCAAAGUAAGAGGACUCAAUGGAAACAGUGGGCUGCUUGCAUUUCCGCGACGCUAUCGAUGGUCGCCGCGGGCACUGUCUACGGCUGGACAACGACGAUGGGCAGUCGCAUCACCAUCAACGGCACCGCGAACGCAACCACGGGCUGGGACAACGACGACUCCGUGCCGUUUCAAAUCACCGAGGACGAGUCCUCCUGGGUCGUGUCGCUCACUGUGAUAGGAUCGAUGAUCGGUCCAUUUUACGGCGCUUACAUCGCCGCCACAUACGGGCGUAAGCUGUGCCUGCUGCUGACCUCGCUCUUCUACAUACUCGGCUGGCUGCUGGUGAUAUUCGCCCAGAACGUGAAUUACUUGUACGCGUCGCGGAUGAUCCUCGGCGUCGGGGUGGGCAUGUCCUACACGGCCAACCCCAUGUACGUGUCCGAGGUGGCGGACGUCAACAUACGCGGCGCCCUCAGCACCCUCAUAGCCGUCAACGUGUUCACGGGCUCGCUGAUCGCCUGCUCGGUGGGGCCCUGGUCGAGUUACAGCGUCCUCGGCGUCUGCCUGCUCGCCAUACCCGUGAUAUUCGUGCUGACGUUCGCCUGGUUCCCCGAGACGCCGUAUUACCUGGUGUCCAAGGGCAAGCACACCGAGGCCAAGGAGGCCAUCGGAUUUUUGAAGGGCCUGAGCGACUCCGAGGAGCUGGAUCAGGAGCUCGAGCUCGUGCGCAAGAACAUCGGCGUGGUCGAGUCCAACGACGAGCUCAAGUUUCGCUUCGCCGACGUGCGCCUGCUGCUCACCAACGUCAACAAUCGUCGCGCCCUGCUCAUCGUCAUGGGCCUGAUUCUCGGCCAGCAGCUGAGCGGCAACUUCAGCACGAUGCAGUACCUGGAGACGAUGUUCAAUGAGGCCAAGAUCGGCGUGGCGCCCCACAUCGCCACCAUCAUCAUCGUCUCGGUGGGUCUGGUGUCGGGUGCAACCGCUACGAUGACAGUCGAGGGUGCCGGCCGGCGUCUGCUGCUCAUACUGUCGAGUUUCGGCUGCGGCCUGACCCUCCUGGCUCUGGCCGUCUACCUGCUGAUGAACGACCAAGGCACCGACGUAACCACCUUCAAUCUGCUGCCCGUGUUCGACGUCAUAUUCUUCCAGAUAUUCUAUCAGGUCGGCCUCGGCACUAUGACCAAUCUGCUCAUCGGCGAGCUGUUCCCCACUAACGUCAAGGGCAUCGCCGGCGCCAUCAUCACCAUCUUCGACGGCCUCCUGGGCUUCGUCGUCUCCAAGGUCUACAUGGACUUCAAGCACAGCGGCGGCCUCUAUGUCACCUACCUCAUCUUCGCCGUGUCCUGCUUCGUGCUGUUCGUCUUCGUCUACGGUUUCGUGCCGGAGACCAAGUGCAAGACCUUCAACGAGAUACAGGACAUACUGGCCGAGCUCAAACCCUUCCGCAUGACCAAGCGGCCCUUCUGGUCCAAGUGCGGCGCGACGGCGGCGACGGCGACUCGCGCAGGCAUCGACAAGAAGAACGACAACAGCAACAAGAACAACGGAGCGGCAGCAGCCGCCAACGAAGUCUGACGUCGUCUCGCGCGUCGAUGAUGAGCGGUCGUCGUGAUUUAUCCAUAAGUCAUAAGUCGCUGAUUAAUUUUAACGUAGAUAACGUAGUUGAUGUUUUUCCCGGAAAAUGUUGUACUUUUUAACUUUUUAAGUGCUCUUGCGUCGUUUUUCUUUAUUGUUUUGUUGCUGUGUGUGCGCGCGCCUGUACAUAAGUAAAAUUCGAACUCGAUUUUUUGUAUUUAAACUUUCGUUUUUGUCCCGCGAGUUUUUUAUAUUAGAUUUCUGUCCUCUCCUUUAUGCGCGUAAAAAUUGAGUGUCGAACUGAAAAGAAUAAAGCGACGAUGAGCUUGGAACGAUGAGUGGGCGACGAAAUAUUACGAUAAACAUAAAUACGUAUGCGGUGCUAUACGAUAUAUAAAAAUAAAAGAAACAAUUGUCGUCCUCCUUUCGGCUGUUGUAACGCACAAUUUUAUCGAUUCAUUGUGAUACAAACGAUAAUAUAAACAAAACAAAAAAAAA